ACAGAGCUGAUUGGUUGGUGAAUGAGUGUUUUCGUGGUGCAUCACGCUAGCUUUAGCUUUUUCUUCCUCGUAAAGAAAAACAGAUAACAAAAAAAAAACUUGGCGUAUUUUCUUUUCGCGUUCCUCGCCGUCCGUCUUCAGUCAAAAUUCCGUGUUUUGUGCGUGUCUGUCCGUAGUUCCGUUAUUCCGUUUCGUUUCGCGUAAUGGAAAGUGACAAGAUGGAAAUCUACGAAUCGCUGAUACGAUGGCUCCGGGUGCUGCAGCUGUCCGCGCCCCACGACAAUGUGGAACAUCUGAGUGACGGAGUUGCGCUGGCCCAGGCCCUGAACCAGAUCGCGCCAGAAAUGUUCAGCGACAGCUGGCUGAGCAAGAUCAAGAGCGACGUUGGCCACAACUGGCGGCUGAAGGUGAGCAACCUGAAGAAGAUAAUCGAGGGCGUCUACGUGUACUAUCAGGACAUUUUGAGUCUGAACCUGGCGGAGGAGCUGCGCCCGGAUGCCAUGAAGAUUGCGGAAAAGUGCGACGGAUUUGAACUCGGCCGGUUGCUGCAGCUGAUCCUGGGUUGCGCCGUCAAUUGUCUCGAGAAGCAAAAGUACAUCACGCAAAUCAUGGAGCUGGAAGAGUCCCUCCAGCGGAACAUUAUGGCCGCGCUGCAGGACAUCGAGUACGUGUGGCAGGGUGCGUCACCGUCGCGGAACUCCAUCAACGCGCCCAGCUUGGACGUGAAAACGCUGCAGGAAGAUCGCGACAGCUUGGCCCAGAAGUGCCACGAAACGAACAAAAAGAUGUUGAUUUUGAUUGAGGAAAAGUCGGUUCUGCAGCAGGAAAUCAGCAAGCUGCAGGUUAUCAUAGAGAGGUACGAGCACCCGAACCUGAUUGGCGAUGACGGAACGUCGCUGGGGCCAAUCCAGCUGGGCUCGAGCCGGUACAACGACCUGCGCAAGGUGGUGGACGGGCUGAAGGACGAACUGCUGCAGGCGGAGACGGCGCGCGAUGACCUGAAGAUGAAGUCGGCCAUGCAGGAGAAGGAAAUCUCCGACCUGCAGGUCAAAAUUGACGAGCUGCAUUCGGCAACGGCCGAGAUUGCCCAGCUCAAGGACGAAAUCGACAUCCUCAAGGAAGCCAACGACAAGCUCAAGAUAUGCGAAACCCAGCUGCAGACGUACAAGAAAAAGCUGGAAGACUACAACGACCUGAAGAAGCAGAUCAAAAUGCUGGAGGAGCGCAGCGCCGAAUAUCUCAAGCAAAACUCGGACUUCGAGGAGGAAGCGAAAAAAUACGCCGGCCUAAAGGGCCAGGUCGAGCUGUACAAGAAGGAAAUCCAAGAUCUGCACGCCAAGCUCGACUCCGAGAUGGGCAAAACGAUGAAGACCGAGUUCGAGCACAAUCAGCUGCAGGCCAAGCUGUCGGCGGUCCAGCGCGAGAAGGAAAACCUUCUGAGUGAGCGGGACGCACUGCGGGAGGCGUGCGACGAGCUCAAGUGUGGCCAGGCGGCGGAGGACUCCGAGAGUGGGCGAAACACCAUGUCCAAGGAACUGCACUCGAACGACGUGCGCGAGCGGAUCGAGCGGCUGGAGCGGGAGAACAAAGCGUUGCGCGAGGGCCAGGGUGGCCAGACGGCGCUGUCGCAACUUCUGGACGAUGCCAACCAGCGUAACGACAAACUGCGAGAUCAGCUGAAAUCGGCCAACCAGCAAAUCAUGCUGUUGAGUCAGAAUCACAGCGACGAAAUCAGCUCCAAGAGCGACAUGGACAUUCAGCUCAAGCAGGCCCUCGAGCUGAACGAGCAGCGAUCGUCGCAGAUUGACGAGGCUCAGUCGCAGAUGGGCCAACUGCAGGCCAAGAUCGCGAAUCUUGAGUCGGCCCUGGUGGCCAAGGAGCAGGACCUGCUGGCAGCCGAUACGCGGUACAAAAAGUGCGUAGAAAAGGCCAAGGAGGUCAUCAAGACGCUUGACCCGCGGGCCGUCAAUGAAGCCCUCCUCCUGGAGAAGCCACCCCAGCAGGACGGCUCGGAAGGCUCGUCGACGACUGGCGGCGGUGACGCGUCCACCCUGACCGCGGCCUCCGCCUCCUCCACCCGCGCCCCGAUGGGCGUCCAGGAGGAGCAGCUGAUCGCGACGGCCUUCUACCGGCUCGGGAUGACCUGCCAGCGGGAGGCGGUCGAUUCGAGGCUCGCCCUGCUAAGCGGACCCGGCCAGAGCUUCCUCUCUAGGCAGCGGCAGCCGGCGCCACGCAAGCCGAUGAACAUGAGCUACGCCAAGAAGUAGAUGACGCCGAAGGCAUUCACAGGUGGUGCCUUAAUGGAGACGACAAACUCGAAAUGGCUAAACUGGAAAACUGGAUUUAUGUUUGCUUGUAUUGACGAAAACUAACAAAAAAAAAACGACAAAAUAGCUUCUAUCGACGGUACUGUGUUAGAAGAUGGAUCGUUUUGCUAAAAUCAUUGCACGACUAGUUUUAUUUAUUAUUUAUAUACACUGACUACUUUAUAGUGAUAAUUUAUGACUAUUCCCUUAUUAUAUUUUGAAAAUAAAGUGUAUAAGCUGCAAAUAAA